ACCCAAAUUCCCAACCGACGAAAUCAAGAAGAUUUGUUGACAUUUUGUCAGGUCACAAGAUGCAAAGAAGUGUCAAGUGUUUAGUGGCGAAUUACUCGUGAUAUGUCACUGGAGUUGAGCGAACACCAGGAGCAAAAUGAGUAACAUUAAAAUGAACCAGUUCGUGCAGGGACUGAAGUCCCGGCACGAAGAGACGAGAGUGAAAGCAGCUUGCGACUUACAGCGUUACGUAACUACAGAGUUGAGAGAGGUCUCUUUGGAUGAACUGAUAUCAUUCCUCGAUGAAUUCAAUCACCACAUCUUCGAGAUGGUCUCGUCCAACGAUGUGAACGAGAAGAAGGGAGGAAUUUAUGCCAUCAUGAGCCUUGUUGACGUGGAUGUUGGCCAGACUGGUGUUCGUAUCAGUCGAUUUGCAAAUUACUUGAAGAAUUUGGUCAAUAGCCCAGACACGGGUGUCACAGAGCUCACCGCCAAAGCAGUAGGUCGACUUGCCCUGGCAUCUGGCACAGUCACUGCCGAGUACAUUUAUGUAGAAGAUUUGGUGAAACGGUCAUUCGAGUGGCUGCAGGGCGAUCGGAAUGAGGGGAGGAGACAUGCUGCUGUUUUGGUGUUGCGUGAACUGGCCCUUUCUGUCCCGACAUACUUCUUCCAGCAAGUCCAGCAGUUUUUGGACGUCAUCUUCAAUGCUGUCAGGGAUCCUAAGCCGGCCAAUCGCUGAGGGGGGCUGUUGCGGCCUUGAGAAGUCUGCUUCGGCUAUCAUGCCCAGAGAGAAACUAAAGAAAUGCAGCAGACAAUGUGGUACAAGCAGUGUCUGACAGAAGCCUGGGCAGGCUUUGACGAAGCCCCAAACAACAAGGACCGCAGCCUCUCCAGGGACGACCGCGUCCACGGAUCUUUGCUCGUCUUGAACGAGCUACUUCGCUGCAGCAACAACGAGUGGGAGAGAAUGGUGAAGCAGCUUGACCAUCUCACUCACUAUCAAAUGCCCUCUCACAAGAAGGAUAGCAUGUCGUCCGUAGUUAAGCGGCUCAGAGGCCAGGGUACUCUCACUUCAUCGUCUCACGGUACCCACGACUUGGUGUCUGGGCUUCCAAGUCAUGCUAAUUCAGCCAUUGGCGGAACUGAGACUACAAUCCUGGACCAGCCAUGCGAAAGCAGAACUUGCAGAGAAUUGAUUCUCGAAAAGUACGACAGCAUCUGCAAUCAGGUCCUUGGCCAGCGGAACAUCAGGAACGGUAUAAUCCAGAGUGCUAUCCUGCAGAUACUUCCGAGAUUAGCCGCCCUGAAUAAAGACAAGUUUUCCCAGAGUCAUCUGCCAGACACCAUGACAUACCUCCUCACUUGCCUGAGAGGUCGUGACAAGGAGCGCCCCACAGCUUUCGUAACGCUGGGCUUGAUCUGCGUGGCCGUUGGUCCAGGCAUCAAGAAGCAGAAGUACUUGCCCAAGAUCAUGGAGGUUGUGAAGGCGUCUCUUCCGACAAAGCUUCCUGCCAUCAAAAUGUUUUAA